CUUCCGGUUGAUUUCAUGACACAUAUAUGUCAUCUCUAUAUUUGCACCCUUUAUGGGUAAAUAUUCACAAAACAGCUGUUCGAUAGAGAUGUUUACCACUUCUUCCUCGGAAUGUAUUAAUCGUUUGGUUUCUGUCAACUAUUAAGAUAAUAAAUGAGUAGUAAUGUAGUGUUCAAAAUGAUAAUAGUCGUGUAAUAUAUACGUAUAUAUAUAUAUACAUAUACAUAUAAACGCAUUAAUAUAUGCGUAAGCUUGGUUACCUGUAGAAUUAUAGUAAUUACCAUGGCUCAAUGUAAAUUAACCCCUCGCGAGUUUAUAAGUAACGCUUUUUCACCUCAAAUUGCUGCGGUAUGUUCACCUGCAGCUGAUGCGGUAUGUCAGAAAAAUAAUUUAUCAUUCGUUGAACUUUUGCAACCGUUUUGCAAAUUAAAUACUGAAGGUCAUUUUAAAGAUCCACAAGGAAACAGUAUAAGUGUUAGAAAUCUUCGUCUUUUUGUACAAGAUGUUAAUGCACAUCCUCCAGAACCAAGUAUUGCUAGAAAAAUGUUAAAUGAAGCAGUUAGUUCAGCUACCUGCGAACAUACAACUUCUGUUCGAAUUGGAACAACGGAACUUGAUAUUCCUGUCUCAGUUCCUUGGUUUGAAGCAUGGAGAGAAAUGUUUUUGAGUGUUCAGUUCCCAUCUGAUCAUGAAUUUACAAAACACUUCCUUGCUUGUAUGAUAGUUAUUUCUACAGCAGAAGACAAUCCUUUGGAAAAAAUACAAACCAUGGGUGCACAGUUACAACAAAGUAUACCUGGAAAAUUGCCAAAAUGGUUUAAUAACAAUACACUUAGAUACUAUAUAUUAGUACAUGAUACUUUGCAGGAUGAUAGGAACAGAGCUGAAGUAGUUUAUACAGAAAUGAAAAAUAUCUAUGGUGCUAAUAAUUGUUUUUUACUUCAAAUGAAUUCGAGACCACCCGGUCAAUUUGAUGACAAUACUCAGUUACCAGAUCCUUGGAGUCAAUUUUUAAUAAAACACUCUGAAGUAUCUGGGAGUAGUGAACAAAAUAGUUCUCCUCGCACACCUGCAGAUACUAGUGGUGUUUCCUCUAUGCCAAAUGAAGUUACAACAGAUACUGACAAAACAAGCCAGGCUGGCACUCCAAUAGCUCCCCAAAAUUCUGUACUGGUUUCUCCAGAUUUGAAUGAUACUAUCAGCUUUUCUUCUGAUGUAUCUGAAUCAACAAUUACACACUUGGAAGUUGGCCAGGAAGCUGUAUCUGUUACAAUGCAUCCUUUAAGUCCAAUAGUUGAUAAGUCACAAAGUUCUAUUGAGUAUAUGAAAGGACAAACAGUUAGUGAUACACCAAUAAAUGUAAAUGUUUGGGCAGACUCUCCUAAUUACUUAAUAACACAGCAUGGUGUUAGAUUAUCUACACAAGAUCUUGAAAGACUGAGAGCAUUGAUAACGGAAUUUUGUUUAAAAAGUUUAUUACCAUAUGUGGAAAAGCAGAUUGGUUUAUUAAGUGAUGUAAUUUCGAACAAAAAAGGUGUCAGUAGAUCUCUUUUUAGUGCUACAAGACGAUGGUUUGGAACAAAUAAACCUGGAAUACCAGGACCUACUCCAUCAAAUGCUGUAAUUUAUACAACAGAAUCUCCAGAAUUACAGCUGCGCCGUUUAGGUGACUUAUGUUUUAUGUUUGGUCACUAUUCACUUGCUUACCAAGCAUAUCACAGUGCAAAGAGAGAUUUUGCAGCAGAUCAAGCUUGGCUUUAUUAUGCAGGUGCUCUUGAAAUGGCUGCUUUAAGUGCAUUUAUGCAAGGUGAAACUAAUAGAAAAACUAUUGAAUAUAUGGAUGAUGCGAUAUUAACUUAUUCAAAUAGUUGCAAAAUGCCUCAGUUUGCAACAAGAGCAACGCUUCUCAGUGCCGAAUGCUUGAAGGGUAGAAAUUUGUAUGGGGAAGCGGCAAAACAAUUAAUUCGUAUGACCAGCGAAGAUUCAGAUUUACGUUCAGCACUCCUAUUAGAACAAGCUGCUUAUUGUUUUAUUGGGCCAAAAAUGAUGCGCAAAUACGCAUUUCAUGCUGUUCUUGCUGGUCAUAGAUUUUCAAAAGCAGGUCAAAGAAAGCAUUCGUUGCGAUGUUAUCAACAAGCAUACCAGGUAUAUAAUGGAAGAGGUUGGUCAUUAGCUGAAGAUCAUAUACAUUUUACCAUUGGUAGACAAGCUGCAUCAUUAAAACAAGUUAAUGAAGCAGUUAAAGCAUUCGAAAAAUUAUUAAAUGUCUAUAGUAAACAACCAGCUACACAACAAGCUGCAUUUUUACGUGAAUUUUUACAUAUCCAUAAUUUACUGUCGCAAGAAAAUUUAUCGAAUCAUGAAGAGCUUCCUAUCUUGCCUUUACCGUUAAUAAAUAGUUAUAGUAUUAAAGUAUUAUAUGGACCUUUAGCUGAAUCAUAUAACAAUAAUAUUCCAGCAAGUCAUGUUUCAUUUGAUACUGAAGAAUGUGAUGAUGUGAGGUGGUCAAAAAUGGAAGAGAUGCUAAUAACAGAAGCUCAGGGAUCCCCUCCAAUGAUAUUUAAACCAACAGUUGCAUUAUACUCAAAAACAAGUAAUAACAGUGUAAAACCAAAUUCUGUUGUGGAUGAGCCAGUGCAUUUUUUUAUUGAAUUAUAUAAUCCAUUGCAUAUACCGCUGCCAUUAUCUGAUGUGACCUUAUUAUGGUUAUUUAAUUGUGGCAAUAAUCAAACUACAAAUGAAAUGAAAUCUCCGGAAGACUUAAAACCAGUGGAAACACAAGUAAUCGAAAAAAUUAUUUUACAACCAGCUUGUAAACAAAAUAUUACACUAAGUCUUGUACCAAAGAAAGUGGGGGAAUUAAAAGUGUUAGGCUUAAGUUAUAAUUUAUCUAAUCCAACACAUGUAAUAGAUCCGCCAGUUGUUAAUCCAACAAUAGCUAUUACUGGAAAAAGAUUAUUUGAAAUUAGGGGGCCUAAAUUGAAGAACGUCAAAGAAAAACCUGGUACAAACAUGUAUGGAGUAGAUUAUAGAUUAGAAAUAAAUGUUAUUGAAAAGGCACCUUUUAUGCAGGUUUUCUUUAAUAAAUUAAAUUCGGAGAUGUUAUGUGGCGAAAUUCAAAAAUUAGAAAUUACUUUAAAAAACGUGGGUAAUGCAUCAUUAUCCAAUGUUUAUUUAGCAUCUACAGACGCUAAACUUAUUUCAUUAGGAGACGAGUAUUCUAAUAGCCAAGAAGAUCAUGUAGCAAAAAAAAGUAAUAGACUUAUAAUUAAGAUUCCAUUACCAUCUGAUACAUUAAAUGUUGGAGAAACUCAUACCAUACCAGUCUGGAUUAGAGCACCUGAUGAAAAAGGAAAUCAUCGUUUAGAUUUACUUUUUUACUAUGAAAAUGUUGAUUCAAAAACCAUGAUAAAACAUAGACUUUGUAGACACAGCUGGCAUUUUACAGCUUUAGAUUCUAUACACAUUACUGCAAUAGCCUCGAGGAGUAUAUUAUUUAAAGAUGUUUUACCCACAUUAAAUUUAAUAGUAUGCAUUAAAAAUGCAAAUCAAAUUCAUGAUCCUGUUAUGAAUGAAAUUUUAUUGACUAAAGUAUUGUUUCAAAGCGAUUUAUGGUCCAUAUUUAGUUCAUCUGUUUUACCAACAGAUAUUAAGAUACAACCUCAGGAAAUGUUUCAUUUAAUGCUUAAAUUAAGAAAGAAAAAUGAUGAUGAGUUGGUACUUUCUACUGUAUCUUUGAUUCAGGAAAGUGAUUGUACGGAAUCAAAUGAGAAAUAUCCGUAUAAUAGUUUCAUACAAAGAAGAAAUAUUCCAUCAUUAGAUGUAAAUGAAAAUUUAACCGAAUUACAGCAGCAAUCCCAACGAUUACCACAAAAUGUACAACAAUCAUCUUUAUCCGUUACUAUGACAUUAAAUUCUACUUUAAUCAUUAAAUGGAGAGCAAAAAUAAUUGAAGGCGGAAUUGUUACUAGACAAGCAAUUGGUCAACAUCAUCUUGCUAUUGAGUAUUUGAACAAAACUUACAAACACCCCAAGGAAAUUCAAGUUGAAACAAAUGAAUAUGGUGGACGUUUGAAAAUCUUUGGACCAGAUAAAAAUAUACUCGACUCCAUGGCUGUGACUAUUAAAGAUCAAGCAUUAGAAACAGAAUUUUUGAAAAAUAUAAUUUCCUUUUCUUUGAGCCAUGCUAGACAAAUCACGCAUAAUUUUAAUCAGAGUCAAUUGUGCUUUGUUCCAGUAAUAAUGUACAUACAAAAUCAUUUGGAGUCACAAAUUGAUAUUAAAGUCAAUACAAUAGGAACCAGCAGUGAAAGCCAUCUUCCGAGUAUAAAGUCACAACUUUUUUUACCACAAGCUUCUGCUCACUACAGAUAUGCUUGUCACUCGGCGAUUUGUUCACAUAUAGAACCACUUGCUAAUAGUACUAUAAAAUUGCAAGCAGUACUUCCAUCCCCUGGUACAUAUGACUUAGCAGCACGUAUAGAAGUCUCUGUAAGAGUUGUAAAUACUAAAGAGUUUGUCUUACAGAAAUGGAAAAUGGAAAGUAUAUGUAUUGUUAACGGUGAUAGUAAAUAAUUAAAAAGUAUAAAGGUAUUAAAUUGUUAUUAUUGCUAUUAAAUAAUGUAACAAAUCUCAUUUAUGUAAUUUAAAAUCAUUCCUUAGUGCUAUGUAAAUAUUUAAUAUUUAUCAGUCUAUUACUAUCACAUCUUGAUCAAAGUAUAUGUAUUAUUUAAUAUCUAUUACAUUAUUUAAUUAUUUUAGAUACAUUACAACGUAAGCAAAUUAUAUAUGUUUCUAAAUAUAUUAAUCAUUUGUUACAGCAUCCUUUAUAAAUAACUAUUUCAGAUGGAAUAGUAGUUUUUAACAAAUUUUUUGUAGAUUAUGUUAUUAUAACUUCAUCUGUUAAAGUUCUUACAUAAAAAUAUCUUAAUUUUGAUCUCUUAGGUAAAUCAUGAAAUUAUGUUAAAAAAUUUGUCAUAUAUUUUGAACUAAAAGAUACGUUUUUAUAUUUUUCAAAUCAAAAUAAAAAAGGUUAAUGAACUUGUAGUAAAAGAGUGCUGUAAACAGUAAUGGUAAAAUGAUAGUGUAAUUAAAUGCAAAAAUAAAUGUUUAGACAAACAAUUAUACUACAAAAUUAUUAUACCAUAAAAUUGUAUAAUGUAUGUAUAUUUUUGUGUGCUAGUAAUAGAAGUUAAUAUAACAGAAACAUUCAUACUAGAAAUCUGUAAUGAAUUGUGUAAGUAGUAAUUAUAAGUCCAUAAAAAAGGACUAACAAGAAAUAUUGUGAACCAGUACUUUUAGAACCUUUUGUGAAAUUUUAAAUGGCAAAUAUUUCAAUGUAAUAACUACUAUUAAAAUAUAAAGUUACUAUAUUUCAGAAGAUACAUA